AUGCUCAAACUCCUUGGGAUUUUACUGAGCAUCACCUGUAUUCUCACCAGUAAUGCCCAACAGUAUGGUCCAAUUCUGCCUCCACAGCCCCCGCCAAAUUCUCCAUUAUUACCGCCAAAUGGCCAAGUAAAUAACCAGAGGCAAAAUGGCAAUUUCGGGAAUGUACAGAAUGGACAAUUUGGACGGAACCAAAAUAAUGUCCAGAGGCCACUAUUCGGCCAGAAUCCGAAUGUUCAGGCGCAGAAUCAGAGGAUAAUCAACCCACAACAGUUGAAUCAAGUGAAUCCAGGCCAAGGAAAUGCAUUUGGCUCUGCGAAUCAGCAAAGUGGCGGGGUGUUUGGACAACAGUAAGUGCAUAUUUUGCAAGCCGUACUGUUUCAGUAUUUUGGAGCUAAGUUGUUUUUUGGUUGGAGUUUUGGAAUUUUUAGAUUUUUUUGAAAAAAAAAUCCGGAAUAUUCGAAGAAAAACAUUGUUUUCUAACAAAGCUAAUUCAAAAAAAUCGACUGGAAUUCGAAAAAUUCACAUGAGUUUUAACUAUUUUUUCAUUAAUAUUUUUCAUUAUAAAAUUACCAGUCGAUUUUUCAAAACAUCCCAAAAACUUAAUUUUUCAAAAUUAAAAAAUAUAUUUUUUCAAAUUUUCCCUUCAAAAUCGCUUCUACCUUUUAGACAGCCCACAGCACAACGAGGCCUUCCUCAAAGUCAAUUGGGCCUUCAAAGCCAACAAGGCCAACUUGGCCAAGCUGGUCAACAAGGCCAACUCGGCCUUCAAGGCCAGCGUCAGUCUCAGCCGCUACUCCGUCCCGGAGUAAUGUAUGACAGAGUCUCAAACAGUGGCCAAUCUCAAUUUGGAGGAAGCAUAGUGUCCGCCAGUAACUCACCUGGAAUCUUUAUUAAUCCUACUCGUCAGGUGGGUAGCGUUGCUUUGAAAAGGGAUUUUGGAAGUUUCUUUGUCUUUUUUGGGUAGUUGUUCAUUAAUAUCAGGCCUUUACUUUUGUCGUAUUUUAAACGCCAUUUUUUUAGUUUUUGAAUAAGAUCGACAAAUUUUUCCAAACUUUGAUGUGUCUCUUUGACAACUAGAUGAUGACUUAUACUGGUAUUUUUUCAAUUUUUGCAUGAUCUAUCCCGAUAUAGAAGGCAAUUUCAGAGAAUUUCAGAUGAUAGUGUUAAUAGUUAGUAAAACUAUGGGGCUGUUCUUGCAGUAUAAAGGCGGUCAUAUAAGAUCUCGGAAUUUUUUUCCCAAAUCGCGAUUUUCGGUGCACAAAAAAGUCGACGCCCAAGUCGGAAAAUUGGCGUCGACUUAUUUUUUUCUCGGCACCGAAUUCUGAAAUUCGGUAAAUUUUUCUAAGUUUUUCGAAAUCAGUGCACAAAGUCUUAAGUCUGCACCGAAGACUUAAGUGCUUAAGUCAGCACCGCAUUUCGGAAUUCGGUGCUGAAAAAAUUAAGUUGACGCCAAUUUUUCGAUUUGGGCGUCGACUUUUUUGUGCACCGAAAAUCGCGAUUUGGGGAAAAAAAAUUCCGAGAUCUUAUAUGACCUCCUUUAUGUAUACCAUAUUCCCAAGAAAUCACAAGUAAUUAUCAUUUCGAGCGUUUACCGCUCUAAAAAGUUUCGACUCCUACGGAAUUUAUGCCAGUCCUUAUAUGUAGUAAAACUCUUGUUUUCUCUUUCUUAUCACGCAACAAUUUCCUCAUAAACCCAUCUUCCAAAAAGUUGUUGACUUCUCUUCAUUUCUAACACAUGAGUCUUCCUUAUCACUCCUUCGUUGCCCUCUUCAAUAAUUCGAUAAUUAUAUUCGUCUUUCCUCUUCCACGCUCUCCGGAAAAAACGAAAGAAUGUUGAUUCAUCGGAGCCGGUCGAUUUUACUGCCCAAACAAGCGACUCAUCGUUUUUAGGGGAGCCGAUUGAGUGCGGGCGCAGUGCUCAACCUUCAACUCACUGGAUACAUCAACGAAAACAAAGCCAUGAGAGAUGGGAAAACGUGUUAUUGCCCGCGGGAGGAGUGCACGUUGUUGGAGAAUGUGCUGCAUCCCUGUUACUUUACAUUCACAAUCAUCAUCUCACCGAAUGGGUAGGAUCACAAACGAAAACAGCUAAAUAAUUCAAAAAAGUCAUUAUAAAAUACGUUGAUACCGCCUAGUUUUUUAACGCUCACAAAAAAUUUUCGAGCCAUCAGGUCUUUGAAAUGGGGCAAAAGGAAUUAGACUGAGUCGGUUAAAAUUUAGAACAUUACAUAUUUCCUAAAAUACGUUUAUGAUUUUUAGCUUACCCUUUUCUAGAAACCACAGAGGUUUUCAUAUUUGAAUCAUCCAAAAAAUCAGAGUUUUCCGUUCAGCACAAAAAAAAUUUUUCGAAAGGCGAAUUUUCUCUGACAAUGAGCCUACUCAUUUUCCAUGCUCUCUUGAAAAGAGACUGAUUUUAAAAGCAAAAUAGUCAAAAUCAGAAAAAAACUAAUAUGAUUUUUGGAAUCUACGCCAUCGAUUACCCCUAAAUCGACUAUUGUUAGAAAAAAUUCGAAAAAUUACUUUUUAACACUACUAGUUAAGCAAAAUAGUCAAAAUCAGAAAAAACUAAUAUGAUUUUUGGAAUCUACGCCAUCGAUUACCCUUGGGGGCCUCUUUCAACUCGGAGGUCUCUUUCGACUCGGGGUCUGUUUCGAUGGCUUUCAAAAUUUAUCGUUUCUCUCUAACGAAGGGGGAAAGAGGCGUCACCCGCGUGGUGCAGUGGUUGUGCGUCUGACCGGUAGGCGUCGUCUCGAAGUGGCGAUGACACCUACAUCUCCAGUUCGAGAUGACGCCUACUGGUCAGACGCACAAGUCAGUACACUGCGUGGGGUUCGAUAUCGACAAAAACCUUUCAUGGUUCUGUGGCUUCUCUGGGCUAGCCAGAAGUUCCAGUUUUGUCUUGGAAAUUUUCCCAAAAGAAUGAGGAAAAAACCACCCUUUUGUCCCUAUUUAAUGCAUGAAUCUCCCUUCUUUUGGCUGGAUUGGACGCUGGACUCCGAUGGGGACCAUGUGCGACCUAAAAACAUGAAAAAUAAAGAAAAUAGUAGAAAACCCAAAAGAUAUCGAAAAUCGAUGACAAAAACUUGGCGUCGCGACACUUGCGGGCAACCGACAUUUUUUGAUUAGAAUUACGAUUUCCCUCCCGUAAUCUACGUAGUACGAUAAAAAUUUCACAUUAUCAACUCCCUGGUACUGAUAAGUACACAAAUCUAUUAAACUCAUCCACUGCAUUCAAAGUUAUAGGAGUUUGUUUUCCAAAAAUGGUAAAAAAUGCCUGGAUAAGCUUAUGGUAACUAUUCAAGCCACUUAUACAUCUGGAAUCUUAAUCCGCUGGGAGUUAAAACUUUUGAAAAUUGGCAUUUUUCUUCUUCAGAAUCCUCAUGCAAAAUUCAAGGAAAUCCGAGUUUGGGAGCAUUAAGGUUGUUCGCUUUAGGCAGAUUCCAUUAAGAAGGCGUUCCUAUAAAAAAUUGUAAAAUACACAUUGAUUUUCAAAACAAAGAUUUGAUAAACAGUUUCUUCAAUCUUCAGAGAUGAGCCUGUCCAAUACAUCUCCAAGCAGUUUGUCAUUGUCAACAGCACUGGAAUGCCUGAGCAGAGCGGCGAUUGGAUGUCUCCGGUCUCAGUUCAAACUGCCUUCAAACCGGUAAUUCCAAUCCUUAUGCAAUAACCGUAUUUUAAAACCAAUUCAGGCUGUCAUCGACGUCUUUGUCAACAACCUUGGCCCGGUUAUUCAAGGACGAACAGUCGUGGCGUUGAAUGAAUUUUGGCUGGUCGAUAGUUUCACCGUGGAAUUGGAUGAUUAUAAACCAACCAUCGCGAAUCAACAGCCGACUCCGGUGGUGAAACGGUUGACUGGCAGUGUUGUCAGAUCUCAGUAAGUCUUGAAAUCGGUGAAUAACGGGGAAAAUUUUAUUAUUUUCCAUUUUUUUGUGUGUGCAGUAUGCAAUUUUUGAAAACCUCUUUGAAAAACAAAAAUGUUGCGGCUGAAAGUCUUUUACGCAAUCUCUGACCUAUUAAUUUUCUGGAUACCAAAAAGCGCACUCGAUUAGGGGACACGUCGUAUUUUACACUGUUAUAAUAUUUCUACGUACAAUGGUAUGUAUUGACGUCUGAGAAACGGUUUUUUAAAUUCAGAUGCCUUGAUCUCGACGAUGAAUUCAUCCCCUGUGUCAUCAGUUUUUUCUCUAAAUUGCUUGUUGUUAGCUACCUAGAUAGCCAACUGGUCAAAAACGUGAUUUAUUUUGCUCUGUUUGCCUAACAAAGUGGUUAUAGUCUUCAAAAAGUUUUUUGAAGUUACCAAAGCUCAUAACUUUAAAAACUACUCUGAUUUUGCACUAUACAUCCAUAUUUCCUGUUUUUUUUCUAAAACAUCCCUCAAUAUCCCUGAUUUUCAGGCUUGAAUUCCACUACUCAGUCCAGUGUCAAGCUGGUUACGUCGGAGACAACUGUGAUCUUCAGUGUCGUCCCACAAAUACCGGGCCAGCCCGAGCUAUCUGCACCUCUCGUCUCACCAAUAUUUCUUCGGUUUGUACCUACGACCAAUCUCGCACAGCGGUCGAGAACUGCACGCAAUGUGGUCUGGGACUUAUGAACGAUGACUGCGCGGAUUUGGCGGGUAUUACGCAACGAGAACGAGGGGUCAGUCAGGCCUACAAAGUCUGGACCAUCAUUUUGGGGGUGCUCUGCGGACUUCUCUUUAUUUGUCUGCUAAUCCUGUUGCUGCUAUAUGUUUGCGCCUUGAGAAGACGAAAGAAUGGCGAUACAAGGGAGAGACAGCGGAUUUAUCAGCAACAGCAACGACCAGCUCGACCAAUUGUUUCGAACCCACUGCUGCAAGAUGAGUGGAAUAAACCGCGAGAACCAUAUGCCCUGAGGCAAGCUGCGCCGUUGGUGGAUAGCGAAAGCAUUCAAAGUGAUGUAAGUUUGUUUUUGGUUAUUUUUUGUCUUGAUAAGUGGCAGUUUUCGGCAAUUAUAGGGUAGUUUUGUCAGCUGAUGCCUAGUGUAAUAUAAUUUUGAUUCGAAACCGUCUUCUAGAACCCAGUUAUGGAAUGUUUAGUAUUUAAAAAAAACUUCCUAUCUAAUUAUAGGCCUUUCUAAUUCAAAACAUACUAAUUUGUACAGUAAUUUUCCCUAUCGUAUAUCUGAUAUCAAGUACAAUAUAAUUUGACCAAAAUUUUUUCCUAACAGCUAAAAUUUGUUUUUAAAAUAUGUAGUAAUCUGUAAAAAUAUUUUCAUCAUGAUGGAUUUUCAUUGCCUUUUAUUCUUUCUUUUAUUUUUCAAUUUUCCCUAUUACUUGCCAAGUGUAAUAUAAUAUAUUUUUCAAAUUUACCUAAUUCUAGCGCAUUUUUCAGACUGCCCGUCAAGGCGGCGUGAGCUACAACCCUGCCCCGAGAAGAGAAGCCCAAGUAUAG